AUGAGUGAGACUUUUGCACCCGCCCCAGAGCCCUCCACAGAAUUGGGACGUUUAAGAAGUCUUUCGAAAUCAGCUGGUAUCAGGGUUUCCCCACUCAUUCUGGGUGGAAUGUCACUCGGAGACAAAUGGGCUGAUGUUGUUGGUUCUAUGGAUAAAGGUCGUGCAUUUGAUUUGCUUGAUGCCUAUUAUGAAGCUGGCGGUAAUUUUAUCGACACUGCAAAUAAUUAUCAAAACGAGCAAUCGGAGCAAUGGAUUGGUGAAUGGAUGGAAACUCGUAGAAUUCGUGAUCAAAUUGUAGUUGCUACUAAAUUCACGAGCGAUUACAAGGGCUACGACAUUGGGAAAGGAAGAAGUGCCAACUUUUGUGGCAAUCACAAACGGAGCUUGCACGUCAGCGUUCGCGACUCUCUCUCAAAAUUGAGAACUGAUUGGAUCGAUAUUCUCUAUGUACACUGGUGGGACUACAUGAGCUCUAUAGAAGAGGUUAUGGAUAGUUUGCACAUUCUCGUGCAACAAGGUAAGGUGCUUUAUCUGGGCGUGUCAGAUGCACCAGCAUGGGUUGUAUCUGCUGCAAACUACUAUGCGACAUCUCAUGGUAAAACACCAUUUAGUAUUUAUCAGGGCAAGUGGAAUGUGCUUUGCAGAGAUUUUGAGCGUGAUAUCAUUCCGAUGGUAAGACACUUUGGUAUGGCACUCGCUCCGUGGAGUGUGAUGGGAGGUGGUAAGUUUCAAAGCAAGAAAGCAAUUGAAGAAAGAAAAAAAAAGGGCGAGGGAUUGAGAGCUUAUGGCGGUUCAGAACAAACUGAGGCGGAAGAAAAGAUCAGUGCAGCGCUGGAAAAGGUGGCUGAAGAACAAGGAGUUGAAAGUCUUACAGCCAUUGCAAUUGCUUAUGUGCGUUCGAAAGCUAAGAAUGUCUUUCCAUUGAUUGGUGGAAGAAAGGUAGAGCAUCUGAAGCAAAAUAUUGAAGCCUUGAGUAUUAAACUGACUGAAAAGCAAAUUGAGUACCUAGAAAGCGCUACUUCAUUUGAUCUUGGCUUCCCUUACGAUUUGAUCGGUCAAGAUCCCGCUGUGACUAAAAUUGCACCUCCGCUUCUUGCUGCGUCUGCUAAACUUUCUUUCGAUGACUGA